AGCAAGAUUUCAAAGUGAAAUUCCGGAGGAAAUUUAAAGAGCAUCCGGAUCCGGAGAAGGAGAGAAAGAAAGAGGAAGGGAGAAAGAAAUCAGAGCGCGGAGAGACCUCGGCCGGCAAGGGAAAGGACGAGAGAGCAAAGCUGGCACCGGCGGCGAUGGGGGAGCAGCCAAUCUUCAGCACCAGGGCCCACGUGUUCCAGAUCGACCCUGCCACCAAGAGGAACUGGAUCCCUGCCAGCAAGCAUGCCCUCACCGUCUCUUACUUCUACGAUGCCACCCGCAGUGUCUACAGGAUCAUCAGCGUGGGGGGCACCAAGGCCAUCAUCAACAGCACCAUCACCCCCAACAUGACCUUCACAAAGACUUCCCAGAAGUUUGGGCAGUGGGCAGACAGCAGAGCCAACACUGUCUAUGGGCUGGGCUUUGCCUCUGAGCAGCAUCUCUCCCAGUUUGCAGAGAAGUUCCAGGAGGUGAAGGAAGCAGCACGUUUGGCCAGGGAGAAGUCCCAGGACAAGACAGAGCUGACCAACCCUGCCCUGAGCAUCACAUCCCACCAGGUGCUCCCCAGCCCCAUCAUCAGCUCCAAUGGGCCAGGAGAAGACAAACUGUUCCGGAGCCAGAGUGCAGAUGUGGAGAUCUGCACGGAGAAGGAGAGGCUGAAGAAGAUGCUGUCUGAAGGCUCAGUGAGUGAGGUGCAGUGGGAGGCUGAGUUCUUCAGCCUGCAGGACAACAACAACAAGCUGGUGGCUGCUCUCCACGAGGCCAAUGCCAACGUGGACCAGUGGAAGAAGCAGCUGGCAGCGUACCAGGAGGAGACGGAAGCACUGCGGCAGAGGGUAGCAGAGCUGGAGGCACAGGGAGCUCAGGAUUCCCCCAGUGAGAACAACAAGGAAGAGCUGAGCCAAACCCUGGAGGAGUUGGAGCUGCUGAUCAAGGCUAAAGAUGAGGAGAUCCAACUGCUGAAGAGUCAGAAGUGUGGAGGCCACUGGGAGGCUGAGGGUGAACGUGAGGAGACCCUGCAGAAGCUGCAGGAGCUGGAGCAGCGCAAUGCGGAGCUGGAGCAGAGACUGCAGCUGGCGGAGCAGAGCCUGGCCCAGAGCCUGGCCCAGGGGGAGAAGAUGCAGAACGAGGUCACCAAGGUGGCAGAGAUCAUGGAUGUGAAGAUUUUUGAGCUGGGGGAGAUCCGGCAGGGCUUGGCCAAGCUGGUGGAGAGCAACUGAGGAGACCUCCCCCCAGGAGGGGACCCCAGCCGGGACUGGUCCCUGGCAGCAGCCACAGCCACAGAACAGCCUCCAGGGCAGCUGGGGCAGGGCAUGCAGAGACAC